AUGGGCACAGCAGGCAUGGAUGGAUUCACGAUUGGGGACGUGGUUGAAAUUGCCUGGAGAAGUCAUGUUUGUGGCGCCUGUGACGCGUUAUAUGUCUCCUUUCCAACUUCCCCGCUGAUCCCAAUUCCUGCCAAAAUCGCAUUGCCUAGUGUCUGUCCCAUCCUCUGCGCUGGCGUCACCGUCCAUACCUCGCUGCGGCUGAUGAAACCACAGCCGUCGAAGUGGUGCGUUAUAGUCGGUGCUGCCAGUGGUCUGGGUCACCUAGGCAUCAAGUAUGCCGAGGCCAUGGAUUUGAAGGUGCUGGCGAUUGGCGGAAACGGGGCUGAAAAAGAAACAUUCUGCAAAAAGAUGGGCGCUGAUGAUUUUGUCGACUUCGGUCGAGAAGACUUGGUGGAGACCGUGGUCGCUCAGACAGACGGUGGUGCAGACUAUAUUCUGGUUCUGAGUCCUCAUCAGUCAUCUUAUGAGUAA